CUCAGUCGCACAGUUGUGACGUCCGUUUAUCAGAGGCAAGAUGGCUACAUCGGCUUGGAUGCGUGGCCCCUCUGCUCUGCGACUAACGGAGGGUUUGGUAUCGGUUCUGAAGGAACAGCGUCCAGAAUAUUUACCCGCUUUGUUGGCAAACUACAGAGAGCAUGGCGUGUUUCAGACCCAGGGCGCGAGCGCUGUUGGUGGUCUCGUGGGUUUCAGCAAUGCCAAACUGGGCUCGAGCAAAACCAGGUUUGAAGGGCUGUGCCUGCUCUCCAUGCUGGUCAAAGACAGCUCCAGUGAUCUGUUCCAGCAGCACUGUGUCUCCUGGCUGCGCUCCCUGCAGCAGGUCAUCCAGUCUCAGGCUCCGGUUCAGACCAUCCAGCUGGCGGUGAACAUUCUGAAGGACCUCCUGCAAUACUCCUCUCAGCUGCCAGAGGUGGCCAGGGAGGUCGGCCUCAACUCCAUCCUGGGCAUCCUCACAUCUCUGCUGGGCCUUAAGACGGAGUGUGAGCUGGCAGCCAUGGAGGGGAUGACGGCCUGUAUGACCUACUACACCAGAGCCUGUGGAUCCCUCAGGGACAAACUGGGAGCAUAUUUCCUCUCUAAAAUGGACAGCACAAACAAGAAGACACAAGAGAUGGCCUGUCAAUGUUAUGGCCGCCUGCCCUCUCUGGGGGGCCUGUUGGACCGAGGGGUGAGUGCUGGUAGAGCUGAGGGCUGGACCAAUCAGAUUCAUUGCCUCCUGGCUUCAGCCAAUGGCCUGCUGGCUCAGAUCUUCCACGGAUCAGAAACAGAUGGAACAGUUCAAUAUGAAGGACCGGGGGUGGAGCUGGCCUUUCCUCACCUCGACCAAUCAGAUCCUGUGCUGCUGCUGCAGCUCCAGCACAGAUUCACAGCUGUCUGCCUGGCACUUAAACACACACUCGGGGUGGAUCCAUCCUCUGCUGUCCGUCUGCCUGUCAGACCCAUACUCAACCUGGUGUGCCGAGCACUUGCUGUCAGCUCCAAAAGCAUAAAUUUAACAGGAGAUGGUAGUGUGAGGUUGCUGGUCUUACCCAUCAUACACACCAACACACUGGAGGUCUUAUCAGCUCUUAUCACAGCUGUGCGCUGUGGCAUGGUUCAGUACGCUGCUGUCCUUCAGAGGCUGUUCUCUCAGACCCUCUCUGCCUGGACGCCUCUACCUGAAGCCAGCCUGGGCCAGCAGAGAGCCUACAGCUCAGUGAGGGUCUCGGUGUACAGGACCCUGGAGCUGUGGGUCCAGGUGGCCGGAGCCUCUGCUAGCAUCCUGCAGGGGAGCCCCGGACACUCAGAGCUGCUGUUCAGUCACCUGCUGGGUGACAUCACACCGGGGGCCGAUUCCAUCAAGCUCCGAGCAGGUCUGUCCUCUGAUGCGGUUCCUGGAGGGAAGCCGGGCCCCCGGAGGACCAAAACACUAGUGAUGUCAGACUCAGUGGGGCCGUCACUGCAGAGGAAAGGAGACGUUCUAGCCAAUCAGGACACCUGCCUGUCAGCGCUCAGGGCACUGAGGCACAUCAUACUGACCAGCGGUACACUCCUGAAAGACGAUAUACACAAGCGCCUCCAUGACGUGGUGCUGCCGCUCUGUGUGCGCCUGCAGCAGCAGCAGUCCAGCAGCAGCACGUCGUGUGAGUCCGCCGGCAGCGUCAGCGGCCAGUACAGCAGCGCCCCCAGCAGGAAGGAGCUGCACAGGUUACUGUUGGCUCUGGUCCUGGUCCCUUCUCCCUGCUGGCCUCCACCUCUGACCUGUGCUGUGUCCAUCCUCAGCAAGGGACGCAAUGACCGCAACCUCAAGGUCUCUACAUUCUGCAUCGAGGCUCUGACCAUCUGUAACUCCCUCCUCCACCCCCGCAUUCCCUCCAUCUCCCUCCCCUUACCACCCCUCACCCUGAAACCCACCACCAACGCCCCAGUCCUCCCCAACUCUCAGGCCACCGGACUCACCUUGCCGACGCUCCUCGGAGGCCCCGCCCCCGGCACCCCCUUCUCCACCCGCCACUCCCUCGGCCUGGGCUCCGCCUCCCUGCUGGGUUCCCUGGAGAACCACCUCUCCCUGGUCCCGGGGCUGCCGGGCCAGACGGACAUGAUCCUGUCCCCCCACGCCCACCACCAGCAGGACGCCGCCGGGCUGGGCCUCCCCGAGGGCCAGCGGCCGGUGUUCGUGCGCUACGACCGGGAGGAGGCGGAGGACGUGGAGAUCUCCCUGGCCAGCGACUCUGACGACAGCGUGGUCAUCGUGCCCCCGGGCAUGCUGCACCUGGAGACCCAGCAGGACGAGGCGGCCGCCGCCGCCAACUCUCUGAACAUGGUCAACGCUCCAGGGGGGGCCACGCUCCCUCUCCCAGAGUCCCUCUCCAUGGUCCCCACCACAGCAGCCACCACCAUAGACCGGGUCUCCCUCCCCAACGACCUGGCCACUUCCUCCCCUCUCCUCACCACCUCCACCACCCCCAUCAACUCCUUCCCUCCCUCCAACUCCUCCGUGGUCUCCCUGGUUCCGCCUUUGAACUCCAGCUCUCUCUCGGCUGCACCUCUCGGGGACUCGUUGCCGGGCCGACCGCAGCUUCAGCAGAUGCUGAUGCAGCCCCCCGCCGCGGGGCAGCCGCUCCAGAUGCACCAGCUGCAGAACCAGCUGAGCCAGUCGGGGCGACACCUCCACCAGCACCAAGCCCCCCCGGCCAGCAACGAAGACUCCGCCGUCAUCAACAUCAACAGCACCGAUGAGGAGGACGAAGAGGAGGAGGACAUGGAGGACGACGAGGAGCUGGACGAGGAGGAGGAGGGCCUGGACGAGGAGGACGAAGAUGAGGAGGCGAGCGAUUUUGUAGAGGAGGAGUUCUACGACGGAGAAGAGUACGAUGAUUACGACGAGGAAGAGGGGGAGGAGCUGGAGGAAGACGAGGAGGAGGAUGGGGAAAUACCUCCACUGGAAGGAGCAGAGGGCAAGGCGGGAGAGGCGGGGAUAGAGGGGGGGAAGGUGCUCAGAGCGGUGGUGGAUGAAGGAGGGAUGGCGGGAUUCAGCGUGGAGGCGGAGGCAGAAGGAGGCAUCGAGGAGAUCCAGACCAACAGGGCCAUGUUCGGAGAGGACCGGGUGAAGGUGCAGAAGGUGGAGAGCAUCGGAGUGCUGGAGGAGGCGCGGGAAGGGGAGGAGGACGAGAACGAGAGGAUGGACGACCCCACCAUGCCUCAGAUCCUGUGUGUGACCGGGGGGGCUCUGGAGGACAGGGAGGAGGCUGAGGAGGAGGAGGGAGGGGCAGCGAGAGGAGGAGAGGGAGGGGAGCAGGAGGAGGCCAGGACGUGGGAGCAAGGAGCCAAUGAGAUCGAGCUAAAGGCGGCCUCAGAAGAAUGCACAGCCAAUCAGAAUCAGGAGUCAGCAGAUGAGCCUGCACAGGAAGCCAGUGUGAGUGACAGCCUGCCGUCCAAUCAGCAGGAGGCGCAGCCUGAAGGGGAGAGAGACCCCGCAGCAGCAGAACCUGCCACCUCCACCGGCCCCAACACAAAGCAGGAGGAGGCGGAGGCGGAGCAGGCGGAGCAGGCGGAAGCUGGGGGGGGGGAGAGUGACGGAGAGGAGGGCAAGGGGGUGAAGAGGAAGAGGGAGGAGACGCACAGGGAGGAGGAGCCAGGCUGUGAGAAGAAGAAGAUGGACGAUGACUCCAUGGCCUCCAUGUUGGCCGAUUUCGUCGCCUGUCCGCCUGACGACGAAGACGGAGCCUCCGGAUCCAACCGCUCUUAGAUAUUUGCCAACCUGAACUGCUGGGAUUGAAGUAACCAUGGAUACCUGCUGGGAUGUUCAAUCAUCAGUGACAUUUCAAAGGUUUAGUGCCUCUGAAGAAUGACUUAAAGCUGUCAUGAUUACAGUCUUCACUUCAACAGUUUUUUUCUUUCUUUUAACAAUAUUGCCAACUUAAACAAACCCUGGAAUUUGUACUCUUACAUCAUCCGUCUGAGAAUCUGUAGAACUAGUUUUACAAGAAUGAAGCAUUACAGUGUCAACAGUCCGGAGUUCAGCUGCAGAUUGUUCAGAACAGCCCUGUGUUUGUAUACAGUAUAUAGUAUCCUGCAGCUAGUGUGUGAAGUGGUUUUCUUGGAUCUAUAUGUAUGUUUUGUGCUCUUUGUGUUUUGCCAUCACUGUCAAAUGCUUUGUUAUAAAAAGUAAAAUAAAUCAAACGUGAGUAACAUACACUUCA